AUGUCAAUUACUCAGGAUAUCCCAGCAAUCUUUUUAGAAAAAAUCUCCCCAAAAGGUCUUGAAGCUAUUCAAAAGACCAAGGAUUUUGUUCACGAUUAUUGUUUACCUGCGGACGCCAUUUACCUUUCCCAAAUUUCUAAUGAUCCCGCUACAAGAUGGACUUCAACUCCACCGGUAAUGGAAAAACUCAAGGCUAAGGCUCGUGAACUUGGGUUAUGGAACAUGUUCUUGUCCAAGCACUACCCUGAAGGACCAGGUUUCACUAAUUUAGAGUAUGGGUUAAUGGCUAGAUACUUGGGUAGAUCAUACACUGCUCCAGAAGCUACCAACACAGCAGCUCCAGAUACUGGUAAUAUGGAACUUUUCGCUAAAUAUGGUACCGGUUACCAAAAGCAAAAAUGGUUGCAACCAUUGUUGAAUGGAGAAAUUAGAUCAGCAUUCGUCAUGACCGAAAAGGGAACUUCUUCCUCUAAUGCGCUUAAUAUUUGUACCAGUGCUAAGCUCAACUCCAAGGGCAAUUAUGUUGUCAAUGGUCACAAAUGGUUUGCCUCGGGUGCUGGUGAUCCAAGAUGUCUGGUUUGGUUAGUCAUGUGUAAAACCAGUGAUGAUUCGGCUAAUCCAUACCGCAACCAUACUGUGUUGGUAAUUGAUGCCAAGAAAGCUAUUGCCUCAGGUAAAGCUAAGGUCGUUCGUCCUCUCCAUGUUAUUGGAUAUGAUGAUGCUCCUCAUGGCCAUUGUGAGAUUGAAUUCUCUGAUUUUGAAAUCCCAGCUGAAGAUAUGCCCCAUGCUGUUCUUGCUGGUGUUGGUCGAGGAUUUGAAUUGAUUCAAUCUAGAUUGGGUCCAGGUAGAAUCCACCAUUGUAUGAGAGCAAUUGGUGCUGGAGAAUUCGCCUUGUUACGUAUUGCCCAUCGUUCCAAUCAUAGACUUAUCUUUGGUAAGCCUAUGAACCAACGGGAAUCUUUCCUUACGAGAUAUGCCCAAAGUAGAAUUGAUAUUGAGAGAUGUCUUCUUCUUGUGCUUAAUGCUGCUCACAAGAUUGAUAUUUCCAAUGCUAAGGCUGCCCAGCGAGAAAUUGCCAUGGCUAAGAUUGAAACUCCAAGAACUAUCGGAGCAAUUCUCGAUUGGGGGAUUCAAGUAUUUGGUGCUGAGGGUGUUAGUCAAGACACUGAACUUGCUAGAAUGUGGGCUAAUAACCGUACUUUAAGAAUUGCUGAUGGUCCAGAUGAAGCUCAUUUGGCCCAAUUGGCCAGAAAUGAGGCUUCUAGAUUUGGUGAAGUUGACAAGUUUUUUGCAAACUUUCAAGCCAAGAGAGACAGAGUAGGUAGAUUGUAG